AUGGACACGUCGGCGUCUCCUGGUCCCAGCUCAGCCUCAUCCGCGCCGGAGCCUCGGCACUCGGCCGGCGCCGGCGAAUGCCCCGGGUAUUGGUCAGUGGCGUGCGAGCUGGCCUGCAAGGUCCUCUGCGCCGUGCUGACGUGCGCCUUCGCCGCGGUCGGGUCCGUGGUGGGCGCCGUGGCGGGGUCGGUGAUCGGGCUGGCCACGGAGAGCGGCGUGGUGCGCGGCGCCGGCAUCGGCGCCAUCUCCGGCGCCGUCUUCUCCAUCGAGGUCGCCGAGUCGUCCAGGGACCUCUGGCACUCCACCGACUCCGCCGUCUGGAGCCUCCUCUACAUGGUGGACAUCAUCUUCAGCCUCCUGAGCGGGAGGCUGGUCCGCGAGAAGGUGGGCCCGGCGGUGCAGAGCGCAGUGCAGAGUCAGAUCAGCGCCCGCAGCUCGUCGUCCGCGGAGGAGCCCAGCGACCUGUUCGAGACCGGCGGCGCCGCGAGAGGGCUGCCGGCGCACGCGCUCCGGCGGCUGCCGGAGAUCAAGGUCGCCGCUGACACCGCGGUCGACGCGGCCGGGGACGCGCUGUGCUGCUCGGUGUGCCUGCAGGACAUGCAGGUGGGCGAGGCCGCGAGGCGGCUGCCCGGCUGCCGGCACGUCUUCCACGCGCCAUGCAUCGACCGCUGGCUCCUCAGGCAAGCCUCCUGCCCGCUCUGCCGGCGAGACAUCUGAGCCCCGGCCACCAGCCGGACGCCGUCGUUCAUUCUCCUGCUUGUAACUAAUUAUUACAUCGCCGUCGGUCGCCGUGCGCCGGCGGCGGCACCUGGUGCCCGUAAGGGAACCGGUGAGAGAAGUAAACCACGUCCCAGUGUGUAGUGUAGCGAUGCGUGACGAGGGCAAGGUUGAUCAAUGGCAAUGGCCGAAUUGGAACUUGUGGAUAUAUGAAAGAAGAAUUGUUCAGUGCCUGGUUUGGCUGUCGUCGUU